AUGCUGCCCUUCUUUGAGGUCUCUCACUUGCCGUCUUCAUCCUCUUUCUACUCGGCGGUUCUGCAGCCGCUGGGCCUGUAUUACAUUUCCGCGACAUCUCAACCCGGCGACGAAAUCGCUACAGUGCCCGCACCCACGUCGUCGUCGCCAUCGUCAUCCUCUGCGACUGCGCUUGUGUCUGAGAAGCUUCCGGCGACCAUCACGUACGGCACCUCCUCACCGCCGGUGCCUCUUUUUCAGAUUCGGGAAGCCCAUCAUCCAAGACUCUCGAACGUCACCUUUUCCGCUGCUUCGACUCAAACGGUGGCUGACUUCCACGCAUUUGCCAUUCGGGCGAACCCGCCUUUGUCCGGGGUCGUGACAGCGGCACCGUCCGUGACCUCUCAGGGACAGGGACUCGGGCUUGGCCCAGCACACGACUCACACGCUCACCGCGGUUGUGGCGACUGGACCCGCACGUCGAUCACAGAUCUCGACGGCAACACCAUGGACGUCGUCUAUCAAGACCCUUCUUCUCGUGCCCCUGCUGCCCCUUCUCAGCAUGGCGGCUCAGUUGCUGGCACCCAUCGGAGUUUCUCUACACAUGAAGAGUCGAGCCGCAUCCUCGACUGGAACUUUGACGUAGCCGCCUCUGAUCACAACCCGUGGAUCGGCCAGCAGCCCGGACCCGCCUCCGUGGUCUCUGCCCGUACAGUCCGCCCCGGGACCGAGCCCUGUACCGUUCUGCGCCGCAGCGUCACAACCUCCAUCAUCGAGCAGCAGCCCGUCGCUACAGCGCGCGAUACAUCUUCGGGGUUCGACACUACGACCGUCGUCGGCGCGUUACUUGGUGCCGCCGCUGGUGCUGCCGCUGGUGCCGCCUUGACCUACAGCAUGCUGAGGGGCGAGCGAGAGCGAGCUCCACGCCAGGAGCUCGCCGCGCCUCCCCCAGUUAUUCGCAGGUCUACGUAUCCCGAUCGACUCCCAGCACUGCAAGACGGUGGCCGCUACGUCGAGGUUGAGCGCACUGUCGAGAAGAUUCGCUAUCCCGAGGCCUACGCUCCUCUUGCCGACCACCGUCCGGCACCGCAGUAUCUGGCUAAGUACAGCCAUGUCAAUUCGCCCCAUGAUCAGGCCACCGACAACACCUACGAUGACGGGCGUAGCCGCCACACUACCCGCUCCGUCGCUUCCCGUCGCGGUGCUCGUCCUCCCAGCGAAGCGCCCAACGACGCGCGCAGGCCGCUCAUGAUCAUGGAUACCGAGCAUCGGAGCAAUGCCGGCUCCCGGUACAGCACUGUCGAGCAGCAGCUUCCUCUGUCAGCCUCGCGCUCGGUUCGCGGCCCUCCGACCGCACCUCCCUCUGUCCGUGGUCCUCCGACGGCGGUCCCCUCGGUUCAGGGUCCUAUUAUGGACUCUGACCGCGACACCUACGUGUCGGCUCGAAGCAGACGCUCGUCCACCACCAUUCGCGGCCCACCUCCCCCGACCGUCGAGACGGAGCUGGCUGUAAGAAGCCGCGCUACAAGUCGCGCCCCGAGCAAGGCACCAAGCACCAGGGCUCCCAGUGUCAGGGCGCCGAGUGUUAGAGCUCCCAGCGUACGGGAGCCCAGUGUCGUCGCCGCGCCGAGCGUCAGGGCCCCCAGCGUGCGUGAGCCCAGUAUAGUUGCCGCCCCGAGCCGGGCGCCUAGUGUCCGGGAGCCUAGCAUCGUUGCCAUACCAAGUAGGGCACCUAGUAAAGCUCCCAGUCGGGCGCGUAGCAGCGCCAGCAGGGCACCCAGCAAGGCGGCAUCUCAUGCGGGAGGCAUGCACGACGCCGUCAUGGGCGGUAACACGUACUCGACGCCACCCAACGCCAGUCGUACGCCCAGCCAUGUUUCAGCACGCAACAUUGGGUUGCCCAUGAGCGGCGUCGGCAGCAGCCAUGCUGCUUGGGACGAUGAUGUCGUCAGCGUCGCCCCCAGCGAUAGUAUCAGCUGUGUUGGUAGCAAGAUGAGCAGACGAAGGUACAAUCCUUAG